AUGGCUCGUUUCGAUCGUACCACUCCAGAAAAUCGACCCAUCACUCUUCGCUACCGAUUGCUGCGUAUUCCUGGUAUUAUCGCCUGGGCACUCGUGUCUUUCCGCAAUGGGCGAACAGCCGCGUCGAUCCCGACUCUCGGAAAGACUUUGAUACUUUACUGGGGUGGUUCGGAUGCCGCUGUUCAACCGCAUUUCGAUGAAACUCAGGUGAACAAUGACGUGGAAGCCAACGAACGCAAGGAGCUACCGGCAGCGGAACCGUCGCCGCUGCAUUCCACGUCCAAGAAACACUUUUGCGUCUGCUCUAUGUGGGCCUGUUUCCAGUGCGUCAACUUGACCAUGCACCUGCGCCUUUUCGGCUGGACAAAGCUCCCGUUUCCGGUGGUGGGUUUCUUCCUUCCGGUGCGGCUGCAGCUGCCGGGUAUCUUGCUGCUCUUGUCGCUCUUCAUGAUGUGGAUGUACCGGGAAUUUCUGCGCGAUGUACUGGCGCUGUACCGCGGAGAGCGCGUUGUAGCUCAGCAGGAUAAGGCACAUUGUUGCUGCUGUGGAAAGAAACUGGAUGCCAACGAGGCUAAAAUUGCGGGCUUUCGCCGUUCAGUGUGA